CUUAUCGUUUAUGCUGUAAAACCCUCUCGACAUUUUUGCGACUCUUCUCCUCCUUAUCUUCAAAUCCUCUCCGGUCACCGACGACGGGAACUUGGUAGUUACAGGUCCAAGAUAUGUCCUUGAAGUUCCCUCUCGGUGUACGUUUCAUUACUCAUUCUCUUCCUUGUACUCGUCUCCCUUCCAUGAAUUCUGGCGCCCUUAUCUAUUCAUUUCGUUCCGUCCCUGUUCUAUCUAAAGCAUUUCCUUUUAGAUUAAAGUAUAUUGGAUUAGGUUCCCGGGUCAGUUUUUCAACCCGACCGGAGAGAUCCCAAGCAGAAUUCGGGCGGCGGAGGGGAGCUGGAGGAGAGAUUCGCGCGUCAAAGAGUUUGAUUGAGGAUGAGGCAGAGCUUAGUGAUUGGGUGAGCGAUUUGAGGACUAGCUCUUCGCGUGGGAAGUUCACAAGCGACGAAGAUAACUCGGGUCCAGAGGUGGUUCGUAGAACCGUGGACAGGGACAGCAAUAGGGGUCCAAGGAGGGGAAGGGAAGGCCAAUCUGAUAGGUUCGGUGGCGCGAGAAGGGGAAAGGAGGGUGAGAUGGAUAGGUUUGGGGGUUCGAACAGGAGGAGAACCACCGGCGAGCCAGCUGAUUCAUUCAGGAACAAGCGGUUAGGUGAUCGAGAAGGUGCAAGGAACGGUCGUAUUCAAGGAAAGAGUAGUGAGUCGUCUUUUCGUGGAAGGAAUGAGAGAAAUGUAGAUUCAGGGUUUAGGAGAGAUCGAGGUUUGGAAAACAACAAGGGCUUGGGGAAACAAACUAGAGUUUUAAGACAGGAAGAGGACGAUAGUAGUGACGAGGAUGAGAAGAGGGGUGUAUUGGGAAACAUCGAUGAUUUGCUUAGUGAAGAUAGUACUGAUGAGGAUGAUGAACAUGAUGUGCCUCUUAUUAAGAAAGCGGCUUCUGCCAAGGCUGGAGAGACUGAAAAGCCAAGGAGUGACCAUGUCAAAACUUCAGAUUCUUACUUGUCUAAGACAAGAUUUGAUCAAUUCCCACUGUCUCCCUUAUCGCUAAAAGCCAUCAAGGAUGCGGGAUUUGAGACAAUGACUGUUGUGCAGGAGGCUACUCUCCCUAUCAUUCUCCAAGGUAAAGAUGUCCUUGCGAAGGCAAAAACAGGCACUGGGAAAACCGUUGCUUUUUUGCUUCCAUCAAUUGAAGCUGUUAUUAAAUCUCCUCCUCCAAGUCGGGAUAACAGGCAACCCCCAAUUAUUGUGCUUGUGGUAUGCCCUACUCGGGAACUUGCCAGUCAAGCUGCUGCAGAAGCAAACACCUUGCUGAAGUAUCACCCAUCUAUUGGAGUUCAAGUUGUGAUUGGAGGCACAAAGCUUCCGACAGAGCAAAGGCGUAUGCAAACGAAUCCUUGCCAGAUACUCGUGGCUACACCCGGAAGGCUCAAAGACCAUAUUGAGAACACAUCUGGAUUUGCUACAAGGUUGAUGGGUGUGAAAGUCCUUGUGCUUGAUGAAGCUGAUCAUCUCUUGGACAUGGGUUUUCGAAGGGACAUUGAGAGGAUAAUUGCUGCUGUUCCUAAGCAGAGACAAACAUUUUUAUUUUCUGCCACUGUACCGGAAGAGGUCCGCCAAAUAUGCCAUGUUGCUCUGAAACGAGAUCAUGAGUUCAUCAAUUGUGUUCAAGAGGGUACUGGGGAGACGCAUCAAAAGGUCACACAAAUGUACAUGAUUGCAUCACUGGAUAGACAUUUCUCGCUCCUAUAUGUGCUUCUUAAAGAACACAUCGCAGAUAAUGUUGACUAUAAGGUUAUUAUUUUCUGUACAACUGCUAUGGUGACAAGAUUGGUGGCUGAUCUGCUUAGUCAGCUAAGCCUGAACGUCAGAGAGAUCCAUUCUAGAAAGCCGCAGAGUUACAGAACAAGAGUUUCUGAUGAGUUCCGCAAGUCCAAGGGUAUUAUCCUUGUCACAUCCGAUGUAUCUGCUCGUGGUGUCGAUUACCCUGAUGUGUCCUUAGUCGUACAGAUGGGAUUGCCAUCAGACAGGGAACAGUAUAUUCAUAGACUUGGCAGAACCGGGCGGAAAGGUAAGGAAGGGGAAGGAGUAUUAUUAUUGGCACCAUGGGAAGAGUACUUCAUGUCAUCUGUUAAAGACCUACCCAUCACCAAGUCUCCUCUACCUCCAAUAGACCCAGAGGCUGUGAAAAGGGUGCAGAAAGGGCUUAGCCAAGUGGAAAUGAAGAACAAGGAGGCGGCGUAUCAGGCGUGGUUGGGUUACUACAAAUCUCAGAAGAUGAUAGCACGAGACACGACCAGAUUAGUAGAGUUAGCCAAUGAGUUUAGCCGCAGCAUGGGACUUGACAGCCCACCAGCUAUCCCAAAAAAUGUUCUUGGCAAGAUGGGUCUCAAAAACGUUCCUGGUAUUAGAACCAAGUAGAAUUUUUUAUUAUCUAGUGAUUUGCUUUGGUCUUAAAACUUUAAUGCUUUGUAAGUGUAAUCUCUUGUCAUCCUUGCUACACUUCCGAGUUUAAACUUUCUAACUAAAGAAAUCCGAUAAAAGUUACCUUAUGAAAAUGUUUUGUUUGUAAUGGCUUA